AUGUUCAAGGAAGUGGUAAACGUCACACUGGGCGAAGUGGAACAGCGGAUCAUGAUGACAGGGAAGCAUUUUACUGUGCAACGAACAGCAGCAGUGGUGGGUCGGGAGCGA